AUGUCUGGUAGUGAUGGGGUAUGGCGCUGGGCACGACAGAUCGGGUUGCGGCAGUAUAGCGAGCGCGAAGGGGGGUUGGUCUUUUUUGGCUACACAGAAGAUGUGACCUCCGCACAAUCGUUUGCCUACAACUAUGUUCCUAUCAUCGUGUCCCUAGUGCUCGUCGUGGUAUGGACCGUCACCGAUUUCGAUGUUCUCCGUCUGGAACCAUACUUCCAGUUGUCCCGACCCGAGGGUGCCCCGGCGGCCGUUCUGUUCAUCAACUACAACUUCGGCCAAACUAUUCUGACUCCGAUCAAUGCCGCACGCCGCCGCCACUGGGUGGUUCUCUGGGUGUCGUUUGUCACACUCUCGGUCCGAAUGAUCCUUCCCGCUUUACAGAGUGCGCUACUUGAACUACGCGAGGCGACGGUAGUGGACUACGGAAUCGUAAAAAGCUGGCCCAACCUGGUGGAUUUGAACACACAAGCGAACUGGAUCUCAACCCAGGCCGACAAUACUAUUGAUGACAUACUUUCCUCAGAUGAUCGAUUGGGCAGGUCGCGAUCCUCCAAGUUCGCUGUGGCGCCCGUGGAAAUACCCGAUAGUCAGCAAGACGAAAGCAUAAUAUGGACUCUUGAUCAAACGCUGUACUGGGCGCAGCUUGGGUGUGAGAAUGUUCCAGUUGAGGACAAGCUCACCGUUGCUAUCAAUGAUCCCGGCGCGGCAUAUCCAACGAUUUCAUGGAACGCCAGUGGUAUUGACCUGAAUGAUGCAUAUGGAAGCUCCCCAAAAUGCCUUCUUGACUUUCAAUACGAGAGUGUCUUCCUCCCGGCUACAGAUUAUAUUCAACUACGGUAUUGGGAGCCCAUGAUCGGUGCCGCUGCCAAAGAAGCGUUUCCGGACCGAAUCCAAGCCUUCACAGAAUUCGGCUGCGAUCCGUAUGAUUUAUAUGGCAUGCUCAUUGGAGUCAAUAUGACUAGUUCAAACUCGACUUCGACUGCGAGCGAAUACUCUGCGUCCGGUACGGCCUUUGCCUGUGAUAUUCUCUAUCACAAAGCAGAGGGCCGCGUGUCUAUGCACUCCAACAGCUCUAUCAUAUCUAUUGAUAUCGAUAAAGCUACCAAACGCAAGCUUACAAAAUCCGAGUUCAGCAUCGAACAUUUCCAAGCUCUACUCUCUCAGCGCGCUCCGUUCACCAGUGACAUGCUCUUCAUCCGGGAAAAUGCUACCACGGGUGCUCGCACAGUCACUGAACUCCCUAUCAUCAGCCAGGAGAUAGGAGAUAUACAGCCUGUGCUGGUGCUUGACACAUCGACCGUCAUGGCAGAGACCGAAUUUGAAAACAAGAUAGAGCGGGAUGUCAAGCAGACGUUCGUGCUCACACUCGGUCGCCUGUUUGAUCCCGAUAGCCCGCCAAGGAAUGUUACCUCCUCACGUUUGUCGAACCAAGUCGCUAUCGCCGUUGUUAACUUCGCGGCGCUGUGGUCUGAGCUCAUUCUCAUCCUGGCAACUUUGACCGCAUUGUACCUUCUUUACAUGUAUAGUUCCCGUGAGCUGUUUCUCCAAAGUGACCCAGGGUCCAUCGGUGCCAUGUGCAGUAUCACCGCAGAUAUUUUUCACCCAUCGAACAUCCUCGCAGAGCCGGUGGCGGAAUUUCAUCAAUUUUCUACCCGGCAACUUCGUCGUAUCUUCAGAAAUGCCCGAUGUUACUGGCGACCGAGUCCUUCUGGCAAUAGGCUGGAUAUCCUCGCUGAAGAUGGCUCCCCUGUCCAGCUUGGAGAGAAUCUCAAAACUCGUGUCGAUCCGAUGCCUCACUUUCUCGUAAUACCUUUCUUUCUUAUUGAAUUUCUGGCCCUAGCUGGGGUCAUUAUCGUCAUCGGACUAGUUGUCUCAUCUUUGCUUCGAAACGGCCGCUUCCGCCACAUGACCCAAUCCGACUCGAGUGUGUUCCAAAUUCUUCUUUCCUUCCUACCGUCCGUCGUCGCAUCGUCCGUGGGAGCUUUGUGUACAUCGAUUCACCGCAAUCUCAGUGUUUUAGAGCCUUGGGUCCAUCUCCAACGCGGCAACGCGUCAGCAAAGACCUCCUUGUCGCUGAACUAUUCAUCCCACAGUCCGUUCGCCAUUUUCUUCAAGGCAGUCCGUGACGGACAUCUCUUGCUGGGCCUCGUGUCAAUUGCGUGCGUCGUUAACAUGGCUUUGACUGUCGUUGCGGGUGGGCUUUUCACUCAACAAUUGACAACCUCAACAUUGGACACCAGCGAUUUGUGGAUGAACUAUAGCCAGUCUACAUUUUGGCAGACCGACUUCGCUGCGGAAUUCACAGAGUAUGAUUUGAUUCAGACCAGCAUCAGCAGCGGAGUCCCUAUGUUGUCUUGGACUAGCCCAAAUCAGUCUUUUGUCCCAGUACACGUGACCAACCGUAACCCGGAUGUGACAUAUGGCGCCUCAACGCUUGGUGUUGGAACAGAGCUCAAGUGUCAGCCCCUUUCAUCUGACGCUCUUGUUCAUAAUACAGCCAACGGUCAUCAGCAUUGGAGAUAUAAACUAUUUGACGAUUCCUCCAUGGAAUGUAUGGCACGCAUGCCUGCGUUGAAGAAGAAACAGGAAGGAAUUUCGCUAUCUAUUCACUUUCUAUCCCCAGAUGAUGACGACGAAACGGACAUCUGCCAGACAUCGACUGUCGUGGUUGUCGGCCGUUGGGAUUACUUGGCGGACACCCCGAUCACGGAUAACAACACAAUUGCAUUGCACUGUGAACCUCAAGCAAGGCUGCAAAACUAUUCAAUCUCUUUCGACCAGAAGGGACAGAUCUGUCGGCACGAGCCUGUUCCCAAAACAUCUAUCACUCAUGGAACCAUGUACGACAAUGCAACCGUGAGUCUCGGCCAGUUCAACAAAGUCUUUGCUGCUAUCCCUAGCAACUUUGUAGGAAAUACCACCAUGCAGAACGGAACAUACAACAUAUCUUCGUAUGAUUGGGCAGGUUUCCUUGUCGCCCGUCUGUACGAGCGCGAAGACCCCAGCUUUGCCGCUCUGGACCCUGAUCUUCUGACGAAUAUGACUCAAACUGUAUAUCAAUGGGUCUAUAGCACAUACUUCUCAAUUUGGCGAGAAAUUUAUCUUGAACCUCUGGCCCAACCAGUCCCGGCCACAAAUGCCACCAUCACCCGCAGUACUUGGUGCAUGGUUCCGUCGGGCCCAUCACUUGCUAUCGCUCUAGCCAUCAUUAUCUUCGACGCGCUGGUCGUACUUGUUGUGUUUGGAACACGACGCGGUCGGUUCCGAGGACCACGAAUGCCACGCUCCAUUGGAGCCAUCAUCCCCUGGAUUUCGCACAGCCAAAUGCUUCAAGAUUUUGCCAAUACACACCAAUGGAGUAGUGCCGAACGGCAUGCUCAUCUCACAUCCCUGAACAAACGCUACGGUUUCCGCAUGUUUAUGGGUGCCGAUAACCGCUGGAGGUUCGCCGUGGACCAGGAAUCAGAGAAUCUGGAACCUCCUGGUUCCCCGGGCGGCACCCCAGAGGUAGAGGUGGACAAGACUACAUCGAUCCAGCUACAAGAGAUCCGACACCCACCCUCUCCUCCUCAGACCUGA